AUACUGCUCUUACCAGGACAGAACAUCUCACAGACCCGCACGGAGAGGAUGUGUCUUUAUCUAACGUAGACCUGUAUAAAAAUAACGGUUCUACUUUUAAAUAGGUGAAUAACAUCAAGAACUUAUUUGUGUUAUUUUGUGUUGCCCAUGGCUACCGGGUGACGUGCACAUCACUGCUCGGUUAGUUACAGUUGGUCUCGUUAGCCUAAUAUUCGUUUAUCCGAGUUUAGUUUCUAAAACAAAGCUUCCAGUUGAAACAGAGGGUUUUGUUUAAACUUUUCCGUUUCGGUUUUUUUUUUUUUUUUUUUUUUUUUAUGAGGGGGAUAAGAAGUUGCGCACCUGUGUGCUAGCAUACUGCACAAAGAAAACACGGAGAGAAAAAAACGUACAUCUCUGAGGAAAGAACGUUUUGAUUAAACAAAAGCAUUGGGAAGCAGGUGAGAUGCUCUGACGGAUAAUUUAGGUGAUUGUGGAGGCAAGGCAGCAGCUGUCAGUCAGCGCUCGGACCCCUCCUCUCUUCUUCACGCAGUGCGCAUGACCGUCCCGAGAGAACCGCACAGACGAGGGAAAUUUAAAAAACGGUUUUUUUUCUUGCGGGACAACAAGUGCCCCGACCAACAGUAGAGCUUUCCUCUCGUUAUCCAAGAUUUUCUACACCGCAGAACAACUGCGGCAUUAACAGAAGAUGAUUGAAAGUGGAAUAACAAGCAGGAUGUCAGGAAUUCAUGAAAACCCUGUACAGAGUCACCACACCUCCGCACAAGACUACAGGUGGCAGACUGUGUGUGCAGUGUGGCUUGACCUCCACCUCCUUCAGCGACCCCCUCCCAGCUACCCCCCUUAGACUCCUGACUACAGACCCUUCGCAGCUGAAGGACGAGCUGCCUGGCGAUCUUCAGUCCCUGUCCUGGCUCACCUCUGUGGAUGUUCCCCGACUGCAGCAGAUAGGAUCUGGACGACCCGAUUUUUCCAGUUCUGCUCAGAACACACUGCUGGAGCGGCAGACAGCUCAGCUGAAUAGCAUGACGGUAGCAGGAGGAGCAGGAUCUGCGAUUCAUCUACAGAGUGAAAUGCAGCACAGCCCUCUGGCCAUCAGUAGCAUGCCCCAGUUUUCCCCUGGGUUUCCGUGUGCCGCAUCAAUGUACCAGACCGCCCCUCAACAAGUUCUCACUUUCACUCAGGCAAACCAACAGUGUUCUCCCAGUGGGAUUUAUGGUAGCUACAACAGCCAGAGUCUAUUUCCUCAACCUCGAAUAACUGCUCACAACCAGGACUUGCAGCCCAAGACUUUUCCUAAACCCAUCUACUCCUACAGCUGUCUGAUUGCCAUGGCUUUGAAGAACAGCAAAACAGGCAGCCUUCCUGUUAGUGAGAUCUACAGCUUUAUGAAAGAGCACUUCCCUUAUUUCAAGACAGCACCUGAUGGAUGGAAAAAUUCUGUACGCCACAACUUGUCCUUGAACAAGUGCUUCGAGAAGGUGGAGAACAAGAUGAGUGGUUCCUCCAGAAAGGGCUGUCUUUGGGCACUCAAUCCUGCAAAGAUUGAUAAAAUGGAGGAAGAGAUGCGGAAAUGGAAACGCAAAGAUCUCCCAGCCAUCCGUCGCAGCAUGGCCAAUCCAGAUGAAUUAGACAAACUCAUUACAGACAGACCGGAGAGCUGCAGACAAAAGUCCAUUGAGACUGGCAUGACUCGCUUGCCCAGCUGCCCACCAGGACCGACCCUCCCAAUACCAGCGCAGAUGCAGCCCCAACCAGUGGUCACUCUCUCUCUACAGUGCCUCCCCAUGCAUCAGCACCUUCAACUGCAGCUCCAGAAUCAGUCUCGCUUGGCUCCGGCCUCCCCUGCUCCUGCUCAGACACCCCCUCUCCACACCAUCCCCGACCUGACAAACAAGCAGCACAGCGACUUCUACACGAUUCACACUGACGUGAAUUCAGAGGUGGACGCACUGGACCCAAGUAUUAUGGACUUCACCUGGCAAGGAAACCUGUGGGAGGAGAUGAAGGAUGACAGCUUUAACCUGGAGGCGUUAGGUACACUCAGUAACUCCCCACUUCGGCUGUCUGACUGUGACCUGGACACUGGCAAUGUCACACCUGUGUCCAAUGCAGGAGGACUGCCUUACCCAGACCUGCAGGUGACAGGCCUCUACUCUUCAUACUCGGCUGUGGAUGCCUUUUCUAACCAGUACAUGAACACACAAGGAGGAACAAAGCCUAUCGUUUUGCUUUAAUUGCACUCGCAAGAAAUUCAACAAACUGAGCUUUACUUCCCAGGACCAUCUUUAAAGCUUUCAAUCCUAGCCUUCGUGGUGUGUCAGACUCCAAAAAACAUCCUGCAAUACAGAUUUCUUCCAAGGCAGCCAAAAACGUUUUGCUAAAUUAUUUCAACAUCAGAUAGAAAGCAUUACGAUAUCCUGAACUGAAAUGAGUAGCAUUUAUGGUGACGUCACAGUAUUCAAAGGUGUCAUUUGCAUUGACUGUAUUAAUUGCAUUAAAUGCAAUGUGUUUGAAGGGACCAAAUCAGUAAUUGUUUUUUGUUUUUUAGAGAAUUUGCAUGGUGAGAGAGUAUGAUUGAUAAGGAGUUUAAAGAUUUCCUCUAACAGCGCAGUCCAGUGCAGAUACUGGCAUUGUGGCCGAACGUAAUCAUACAAACUACAGUGUUGUUAUUAUAUGCCUAAUGCAAAUUGUAAGUUAACACAACACUUAAGGAAGAAAGAUCAAAUUAUGGGAAUUGUGAUUUUGGGUGUGCCAAGCUUUUUUCUGUACCAUAAAAGACAUCAUUUUGUCCAUGUAACUGUUAGCCUUGUAACUGUAGUUGUGUGUCUUUUGUUGUACUGUGAUAGACACUGUAUCUGCUCUUUAAUGUUUGUUUAUUAUUUAUAUUUAUGCAAAGAGCUGAAAUGGUGACAUGAAUCGUUUUUAUUGUACAUAUCUAAAUAUUUUGAAUGCACGCAAUA